AUGAUCAAGAAGUUGAAAACAAAACGCAAGAAACAAAUAAUUUCAAAAUUGUCGAAAGUCUUCGUGAGGUCUCGUUUUCUACACUUUUGGUACAUUUCCUCGCAAUUGGCCGAAGAUGUGGAGAGUGGAGUUGUCUUCGGAAUCACGUCUUUGGCCGACAAUAACGUGAGUUAUUGUAUGGGAUGUGUGGACAACGAGAAGGACAUUCCGUCCGGUACUACACUAAUGGGUGUCUAUUGUCUCACUCCCUCUCCAUCCGAAGAAGUGCUCAAAGAUUUGUGUCAGAAGUACAGCAAAAGCAAGAAAAGCGGAAAACUCGUCGUUUUGACCACAAUUUGCGACAUAAUGGAGCUGAAGACCCGAUUCUUUGACAUCAAAUCCAAAGAGUUGUGUGAAUGCAGUCAUGAAGUCGUGAAUGACAAUGAGGCCAUCGAUCAGACAAUUAUCGUUAGACUUAAAGCAGAUAUUUGUCUCACGUUUAAGACAUCGAUUGACACUUUUGUGGACAAAUUGACGGAAGAGUUGAAUGAAGCCAAAGAAAAUGUAGAUUCUUAUUGUGUAGAGUUAGUUCAGUCGUGUUUUAAGACUCAUAUGUUAACAAACAACUCUACACUAUUAAGUCAAUUAAUAUCGAGUGAACAGAAAACCAACGACAAGAGUCCUCUCGAGUUCACGGCUUCUAAUGGCAGUAAUAGUACUACAAGUGAUGACACGUCCGAAGACAUAGAAUUGUCUGAAGACCUGAAAGAAGUGAAACUGAAUAUAAGGAUCGACUCAUUGUCUCGAAUCCAAGAAAUGAAUUCCAUUUCAUAUUUAAUUAAAUUAUUUUCCAAUCAAAUGAAACAACAGUUGACAUCAUAUGGCAAUCAAUGGACAGAAUGUGUCAAAUCAGACAAACGUCUGCCUUCUCUGCAAACGUAUAACUUUUGGCCCAAAAAUGUCUCGCAUUUCGUGUCAAUUGUUUAUCCGAAGAGUUUGAGUGACGAACAACUCGUGAGUCGUCGCAAAGAAUAUCAUUUAAGAUAUUUGAUUCGAAGUGAUCGACCAGUUUUCCGGAAAUCCAAUCGCUUUCUGUUAGACAACGAAAAGCCGAAAACAGAUUAUUUGACUUCAGUUCACAUCGGACUCAAAGAGUCGGGUCUUAAAGGCGGCCAAACGUAUUGGGUUUACGGCGACUAUACAUACCAUCACUAUAUGCAGGACAGGAUUGAUGACAACGGCUGGGGAUGUGCUUACAGAUCGCUGCAAACCAUAGUGUCGUGGUUUAGACAUCAGUCAUAUAUCGAUAAACCAGUUCCCAGUCAUAAAGACAUCCAACAGGCGCUCGUAGACGGCAAUAAAAAGAACCCCUCGUUUGUCGGCUCUCGACAGCGUAUGGGCCCUCAGGAAGUCAGUUAUGUUUUGAGCCAUUUGUAUGAAAUCACGUCAAAGAUUAUGUUCGUUAACUCCGGCGCCGAGUUGGCCAACAAAGGCCACGAAUUCAUCAGUCAUUUCAUCACAAAUGGGACGCCUAUUAUGAUAGGGGGCGGUGUUUUGGCCCAUACUAUCAUUGGCAUCGACUUUAGCGAAGACACCGGAGAUAUCAAGUUCUUAAUACUGGAUCCGCACUACACGGGCGGCGAAGACUUGAAUACCAUUCAAAAGAAAGGUUGGUGUGGAUGGAAGGCCUCCACCUUUUGGGACAAGAAUUCCUUCUAUAAUCUAUGUCUCCCACAAAGACCCGACACUUAUUGA